UAUGGAGUUGCAUUCUACCUUCGAGAAGGCAGUCGUCAAGUGGUAUUACAAUCCUAUCAAAUCUUUAUAACAUGAUUUUGUUUUUAAUUCGAAAAAGAGGACAGGUUUCGAUGAUGCAGCUGUUAUGUAUAUCUCUAGUGCUAUUCUCCGUCGGAUGGGAGAUCACAGGAGCGGCCCAAAUUCUGGGAUUGUUUUCCCAUCCUGGCAAGAGUCACUUUAACUUCUUUCGUCCCAUUUUUUUGGCCUUGGCCAAAAGGGGUCACAACAUUAGCAUGUAUAGCUAUUUCCCACUUGAGAAGCCAAUAGACAACUAUACGGACUACGUGUUCCAUGGGAUGCCGGUUCUUACUGAUAUGGUGGAUUUAAAGAACUUUGAAUCAGAUUGGAAGCCUCUGGGGCUGCCCUUCAAGAUACCUACAUACUUCAUGCUCCAUGACUGGGGCCUUCGCUCCUGCAAAGUUGCCUUGAAUUCACCUCUCAUAGCGCAACUUCUGGAGUCUCCGACCCGAUUUGAUGUCGUGAUCCUUGAGCACUUUUCAAACGACUGCAUGGCAGCUGUGGCCCACCUUUUGGGGGCUCCUAUGAUUGCCCUGAGUAGCUGUGCAAUAAUGCCAUGGCACUACAAACGCAUCGGCAGUCCGUUCAUAAACCCCAUCAUGCCCAUGAAUUUCCUGCCCUACACCGAUGACAUGAGUCUGAUCCAUCGAAUCAACAACUUCUUUCAUUUCCACGCCGUCAAUAUUCUGUACAAUUGGAUUACACAACCAGCCACGGACGAGCUGAUAAAGCUUCGAUUCGGUAAUGGCCUGCCGCCUAUUAAUGAGAUCGUUAAAAAUACCAGUCUGAUGUUGAUAAAUCAAUAUUACGCUCUAACGGGACCCCGUCCUUAUGCACCAAAUGUCGUCGAAGUGGGAGGAUUGCAGGUUGGAGUCGAAAUGCCACUGCCCCAGAGCUUUAUGGAUCUAUUGGAUAUUUCUCGCGAUGGAAUCAUUUACAUAAGUUGGGGCUCUAUGGUCAACCCCAACACGUUGCCCCCAGCAAAACGUAAUGCGCUCUUUGAGAGCAUUUCUCAGUUCAAACAGUACAAUUUUGUGAUGAGAUGGAAAAGUGGCCUAUCUCUAUUGAAGGAAAAACCUAUAAAUCUCCAUAUUUAUGAUUGGUUACCCCAAAGAGAUCUGCUGUGUCAUCAUCAAGUUAAGGGAUUUAUAUCCCAUGGUGGCCUUUUGGGAACCACGGAGGCAGUCUACUGUGGAGUACCGAUGCUAGUUACUCCGUUUUACGGAGAUCAAUUUUUGAAUGCUGGCGCUAUUGAACAACGGAAGCUUGGAGUAAUAGUGAACUUUGCAAAUUUCGAUAAAGACCAUAUAACCAGAGGCUUACAAAAAAUACUUGAUAAAGAAUUCACAGAGAAUGUAAAACGGACUACGAGGGCUUUUCGCUUGCGCCCUAUCCCGCCCCUAGAAUUAGCAGUUUGGUGGAUUGAGUACGUAAUAGAAUCUGGAGGAGCCCCACUUAUUCAAAACGAAUCCAGGAAUAUGCAUUGGAUUGUCUAUAAUUCGAUCGAUGUCUACCUAAUCUUUCUGGGUGUCCUCUGCCUAGUAAGCUUAGGACUAUGGGUAUUUGUGAAGUUAAUCAGCAGAGCUCUAUGUCGUUUUAAAAUUGAAAAACCAACCAAAUCAAAACAACAAUAA